GGUCUUAUAGAGACCCCUUUGACGACUUCGGAUAAAUGCUCCUCUGACGGUGGAUUGGUCCGAGUUAUUAACAUGAUACAAGGUCACAAAGUCCUGCUGAAAUCAUUUUACGGCUUUAUUGUAUCUCUUGGGUUUUCCAAGUGCCCACAAAUAUGCCUUGCUAUCUUGGACAGCACCGGAGAUACCUUGGAAUAUAAAGUCUUGCUUCGCGUAUCUCCUCACGUACUUAACCUUGUCGAUACUCAUGUACUCAAUUGGUGCGAAUUCGAUUCUUCUUCUCGAGAUCUGGAUUGGAACACAGAGGAACAAACUACUGGAAGGCAUAGAAGGAUCCCAGACAAUCCUUUUCAUUUGAUUGCUAUUUCUUGUGGAACCGAGGUUGAGGUAUUUCACUUUAGUUCACUUGUCGUCAGGCUUGGAGUUCCGUUUCCCUCUGUGCAGAAUGAUUCUUCUGGGCUCCCAGGUUGGGAUCGAGAUUCCAUUAAAAAACAUCUUGCCUCCGAUAAUUCAAAUUGUGAUAUUGUGUAUUUACACGGCAAGGACCACACAGGCCCGAUUACCUCUGUGUCCAUCUGCCCAAAUGCCUCGUUUCUGGCAACGAUUGGUUUGGAUGGCUUGUUGCUCAUUUAUUCACUUCGGUGCAUUAAUUACGACAAUGAAAUUAAGCUAAAACCUCUGCUUACCUGGUCCCCUCAUUCUGGUUCUCCACUUUAUUCUCUUUUCUUCAUCACCGAUGAAGAAGAUCAAUACUCGUAA